AUGGCUUCUACCAACUACAAGGAGGCGUUCUCGCUAUUCGACAAGCGCGGUAACGGCCGUGUCGCUCUCGACAGCUUGGGUGACUUGCUCCGCGCUUGUGGCCAGAACCCUACGCUCGCCGAGAUCCGUGAGCUCGAGAAGAACGUUGGUGGUGACUUCGACUUCGAGACCUUCCAGCGCGUCCUCAACAGGCCAGGCGGCUUCCGUGACCCCGGCGAGCCCGAAGAGUACUGCCGCGGUUUCCAGGUGUUUGAUAAGGACAUGACGGGUUUCAUCGGCGUUGGUCAGCUCAAGUACAUCUUGACAAACCUCGGCGAGAAGAUGACGGAUGAGGAGGUAGAUGAGCUUCUCAAGGCCGUUGAUACCAGCUCUGGCCAGGUGAACUAUACCGAGCUCGUCCGGACUAUCCUUGCCAACUAG